AUAGUGUCAUAGCAACGCUUGUGUACAUCCGAUAUUCCUAGUGUCAUUAAAACGACAGACACCAUCUAAAAUCUAGUUUAUUUAUUUUUUAUUUAUUUGAGAGCACGAAAAAACAGCAAUAAUGUCUGAUGUUGGAUCGGAAGAAAUGGACGAAGAGCAGGGACCAUAUUUAGGCGAAUAUGAGGGCCCACGCAAUGAUAAAGAUGAGCGACAUGGUCAGGGCAAAGCUACACUACCAAAUGGUGACACAUAUGAAGGAAUGUAUGAAAAUGGGAAACGUCAUGGUAGAGGUGUAUACAGGUUCAAAAAUGGUUCACGAUACAAUGGAGAAUACAUAAAAAAUAAGAAACAUGGUGAUGGCACAUUUAUAUACCCAGAUGGCUCAAGAUAUGAAGGUCGGUGGGUGGACGACCAGAGAUGUGGUUUUGGAAAAUACUUUUACAUAAACGGUGACACAUACGAGGGAGAAUGGUUAAAUCAUGUCCGUCAUGGUCAAGGCACAUACACUUACGCUGCCACUGGUACAAAAUACGUUGGAACUUGGAACAAUGGCAAACGGGAAGGCCAUGGUGAACUGGUUCAUGCCAACCACAAAUAUGUUGGAGUGUUCAAAGAAGACAGACCACUGGGUAAAGGCAAAUAUGUGUUUGAUAUUGGAUGUGAACAGCAUGGGGAAUACCUUGGCAUUGAAACGGAAAAGGACGAGAAAGGUGAAGAAGACGAGGGUCAGGUGAACAUCACGUCCAAGUGGCAGGCAGGAGUCACCACUGGUAUCCACCUGGCAUCUGAGGAAGACGACCUUGAAGACAUCCCUGCUGACAGCUCCACUAAUGCCACUGUUGAACCUGUCUCUGAGGAACAAGCUUCCAAAACUCCAGAGAUCAAGGUGGAUGCCAUGGAGGACAAGGCACCUACCCCACCCCCUGAGGAGGACGGCAACCAAGAACAGGCACCCGCUGAAGACACACCUGCCGAGCCAGAGCCUGCAGAGGAUGAUGGUGGCAACCAAGAGCCCCAGGAGGAGGAGGAGUAGACUUUGUUACUAUCAAUCAUCUCUGGAUUAAGCCUCCUGUCAUGUAUUCAUCUCAUGCUUUUGGUCCUUUUUGGCUUAGUCUUGGCACGUGUGUGUCUUAUCUGUGAUAAUGCUAUUGAAUAUGAGUGUUUAGAGAAGAAAGUGUUGAGUACAUAAAAUAUACACAUUUAUAUGACUAUGAAUCAAUGUAUUUCAAAGCUGAAAAAAAGUAAUUUAUGCAAAAAAGUUGUUCUCACACAAAAUUAUCAUUUUCACUUUAUAAUGAACUCUUUGGAGUUUUGGAAGUAUAUUGUUUUGAUUAUUAUUGUAUAGUUUCAUUUAUGCAUUAACUGACUAUUAAAUGAAUAGUUGAACUGA